AUGUCGUCUACCGCAAUCCCCAAGCGCGUUGCGCUCAAUCGCAACCCCGCUACAGAGUCCUCGGCGACUAGCUCUAUCUCGGCCUCGCCCUUUGACAGCCCUCGCCAGUCCCCCUCCUCUACCUCCCUUUCCUCCAUGGCUUCGGACCAGGAGGCCAGCAAGAUGCUUGAUACCUAUGGCAACGAGUUCAAGAUCCCAGAUUAUACGAUCAAGCAGAUCCGCGAUGCUAUUCCCGCUCACUGCUUCCACCGCUCCGCCGCCACCAGUUUGUACUAUGUCUUCCGUGACAUGGCCCUUCUGGGAUCCGUCUUCUACCUUUUCCACAACUAUGUCACCCCCGAGACUGUCCCCUUCCUGCCGGCUCGCGUGGCCCUCUGGACCCUGUACACCAUCGUGCAGGGUCUCGUCGGCACCGGCGUGUGGGUUCUGGCCCACGAGUGUGGUCACCAAGCCUUCUCCCCCUCCAAGGUCCUGAACGACACCGUUGGCUGGAUCUGCCACUCUCUCCUGCUCGUCCCCUACUUCUCCUGGAAGAUCUCCCACGGCAAGCACCACAAGGCCACCGGUAACCUGGCCCGCGAUAUGGUCUUCGUCCCCAAGACCCGUGAACAGUACGCCACCCGCGUCGGCAAGACCCUCCACGAGCUCGGCGAGCUGUGCGAGGAGACUCCCAUCCUGACUGCCGGCAACCUCCUGGCCCAGCAGCUCUUCGGCUGGCCUAUGUACCUCCUCAACAACGUCACUGGUCACAACAACCACUCCAAGCAGCCCGAGGGCCGCGGUGUGGGCAAGCAGAACGGCUGGUUCGGCGGUGUCAACCACUUCAACCCCUCCAGCCCUCUGUACGAGGCCAAGGACGCCAAGCUGAUUGUCCUGAGUGACCUUGGUCUCCUCAUCGUUGGCACUGGCCUGUACUACAUCGGCACCAACUACGGCUGGUUGAACCUGCUCGUCUGGUACGGUCUCCCGUACCUGUGGGUGAACCACUGGCUCGUUGCCAUUACCUUCCUCCAGCACACCGACCCUACCCUCCCUCACUACCAGCCUGAAGUGUGGAACUUCGCCCGCGGUGCUGCCGCCACCAUUGACCGUGACUUCGGCUUUGUCGGCCGCCAUAUCUUCCACGGUAUCAUCGAGACCCACGUGCUGCACCACUACGUCAGCAACAUCCCUUUCUACAACGCCGACGAGGCCAGCGAUGCCAUCAAGGGUGUUAUGGGCAACCACUACCGCUCCGAGGCUCACACCGGCUGGACUGGUUUCUUCAAGGCCAUGUGGACCUCUGCCCGCGUCUGCCACUGGGUUGAGCCCACUGAAGGUGCCACUGGUGAGAGCCAGGGCGUUAUGUUCUACCGCAACACCAACGGCAUCGGUGUUCCUCCUGCCAAGAUGGCCGCCAAGGCUCAAUAG